AUGCCGUCAUUUCACAACCUCCCACCAGAAGUCACUAUUGCAAUUCUGAAACAUCUCAAUCCAUUCGACCUAUUAUCUGUCCUCCACACUUUCAACAAAGCUCUAUAUGCCGCAGCUGAUAUAUCAUUCAGGCCCUACAAAGAAUGGACUCGCAACGCCCAACGAAUGACGGCCUUGUUUCACCCGCAAAGCACCCAUAGUAGCCGUCGCCUUUGCCCUUCAUAUCCAUCUUACAUCCCGCCCUUGGAUGAUGAUUGUGUUUCAUUGCGUGAGGAAAUUCCCAGGAAGGAUUACGCCGAUCUAUCGCUGAAGCUUAAAUAUGGACCCUAUAUUCGUUGUUCACCGCCCCAUCUAGUAACCUGGAUGAAGCUGGAUGGUUCAUUUGGGUGGCUUGAGCCCUUGGACGAGGACAUGGCUGAAAAGAUGGCCGAAUACAACGGAAAUGAAGGUGAUCGUCCUGUAGCUUCAAAGGCAGAAGCCGAUGCUCUAGUCAAGAAAGUCAGCGAGUUGGGCCUUGUACUUCCCCCCGGCUUUGAGGCAUUUAUCCGAAGCGACACGCUGCACCACCGAUUCCCGAGCUUUUCGGCCUGGUACUUCAAACUAUCGAAGCUGAUCAAAUGCCCUGCUUCCAUCGAUGACGGCCAAGGAGGCUACUUGUGCCGAUUUCAUUUUGACCAGCAAUCUUGCGCCUUUGCAUAUUUGUAUCUCAGCUUGUCGGGAGGCCAUUGUGUCUUGGUGUCCCAAGUUGACGUGUACGCAUGCUUCAAUGAGGAUGAUGACAUCAACGGAGAGCAAUCAGCGGGUGAGGAAGAACAGACGGAUGAAGAAACCAUGGACACGAGCGAGCUUUCAAAGGAAGAUUUCUCCCUUGCCGGCCUUUCAUUUGAGGAGUAUCUCGUGACGGUCUACUUCGAGGGGCUCCUCAGUUUCGAGGCCGAGUCUUUUGAGGGGCUUGAAGAUUUUGUUACGCAUGUUUACCGCUCGCCUAGAGAGGUUGAACAUCUACGCGAAAUAAAUAAAGCAAUUGGGGUGUUCCUUGAUGCACAGAAGUGGAAGGGUUCAGAACAUUAUCUUCAACAUAUUCGCGAUUAA